AUGAAUCAUAUUAUUCAACAACCAAAGACAGCUCAAAAAUAGAAGAAACAAUCUAAAGUAGUAUCGAAACACCCAGAAAUUUAACCAAAUAAGACACUUGAUGAAUUAAAAAAUAAGGAAUGGACUGUAGCAAUCCAAAAGGAAAUCGAUCAAUUUGAAUCUGCUAUCGUAUUUAAUUGUUCUAUAUAAUUAGUAUGAAGUAGAAAGUUUAUUCAAAGAAGCAUCUAUGUCUUAACAUUUAAUAAGUUUAGGAAGUUUUAAAUUGGUACAAGAUGAGUACGAAUUUGCUACUUUCAAAUUACACAACUUGAGAGAGAUGCUUAAAAUAUAUACUGAUGAUUAUUCCAAAUAUCGUGAGAAUAAAUAAAAGUUGAAGGAUAUGACAAAAAAAUAAUACAAAAGUGAUGAAGAUAAAGAAGAAAUUUAAAGGAUAACAAGAGAAUAACAAAAUUUUAAAUAUACAAAAAUAAGAGAGAGAGAAAAGAUUUAAUUUUAAUAUGGUGUUGCUUAAAGAGUCUUGAUCCUCAUUUAAGCCUAUAUUAAAAUGAAGGAUUAACAUGAAGAUUAACAUGAAUUAUAAAAACAUAGAGAUUACAUUCUCUAAAAGAUUGAAAAGAUUAAGAAGAGUGAAGAAAAACAUACUAAGAAGAUUGAAAGACAUUAUAGUAAAAUAUAGGUAGAAAAUCCUGAUGGGCCUGAAGAAAUGCAAUUAGAAUAGGAUCAAAGUGAAGGAGAGUAUUAUGAUUAAGGAGAUGAUACUGCAAGAGAAGAUUUAAUAAGUAUAUUAUUUUAUUUAUAGCUUUUUAGAGUUAUGUGAUAGCUUAGUCUCAUACCUUACUAAAAUUGAGAAAAAAGAAGGAGUAUUAUUAUAAUUUUAAUUUUAGGAUUCAUUCUUAUAACAUGAUUUAACUACUUUCCAAUAUUUUGAUCAAAUUAAAGUGGCUGCUCCAUUCUAUACAAAUCAAAUUUAUUUAGCUAUAGAUUUGAUUAAAGCCAAAAGAUCUUUCUAUUAGAAUGCUCCUGAUACCGAAUUCGUUAAAAAGGAUGUUCAAAAAGCAGUAAUCAAAUAAGAGUAGAAAGUCGAUGUUACAAAUGAGUAGGACUUUCCUAAAUUAGCAUGAGAUUAUAUUAUAAUCAUAUUAAAAACAGAUAAUCUGAC